AUGUCAGAUGUGAAACCGAAUAUAACCAUCACCCCAUCCGACUCACUGGCAGGUCCGAGUUCAGCACCGUUGGAAACCAUAUUCCCAUUCUUACAGGAUCAGGAUGAGAGACUGGAGAUAUCAGAUAAGAAGAAUGGAUCGAGUGUGUGGGCAUUGAAGAUACCCAGGUUUUUGUUGGAGAGAUGGGAGAUGGUGGAGGAGAAGGGGGUGGAGCUGGGGAGUUUAGUUGUGGAUAAUUCCACAACACCAGCCAAAAUCACACUCCGACUUACUCACCCGGAUAUCAAACCCACCAACACUGAAGAACGAUCAACCUACGAUACAUCUGGUAUACCGGAUGAAUACCGAGUGAACGUACCCGAGGAACGAGCUCGAAACCUCUAUGUGUUUACCGAGAAGAAGCGGGUAUAUGGGAAAGGAUCGACUAGCGUGGCGAUGCCUGAAGGAGGGGAUAAUGAGGGGAAUGAGGGUGGGAGGAGGAAGAGACAUAAAGCCCAACCGAAAUUGGUGGCUAAGGUAGAUCACGAAUGUCAAGUGACACCAGUGCAGAAUCAAACGUAUAUGAAGAUCUUGGAACAGAGGAGAUUGGAAAGUGAACAGUCGAAGCGACCCGUUGUAAGGAUGGACGACACAGGUAUAUCCCAAGCUGAGCAGAAUCAAUUGGCAAGUGGAUACAGGAAUGCCAUUUCGACAUUUGGAAGUAGGAUGAUUUCAUCCGCCAAAACCAAUAACGGUGAACGUCAUGCCCGACUCGAACGCCACGAACUUACCGAUCGAAUAUUCGCCUUGUUCAAAGAAAAACCAUAUUGGGGUAUACCUGCUCUCAAGGCUACGCUUAAACAGCCUGAUGGGUGGUUAAGAGAGGUGUUGAGGGACGUGGCGGAACAAAUUAGGGAAGGGAAAUAUGUGAAUAUGUGGCAAUUGAAAAAAUCUUGGAGAGCUGGUGGAGAUGGACAAGGUAAAGUCGAAGGUAUAGAGGGUCAAGGUGAAGAGGAUGUCAAACCUGGUGUCAUUGAGAAUGAGGAUGGCGAUGAGAAUAUGAAUGAAGUUGAUGAAGGAGAGGAUAACGAGGAUGAUGAGGAUGAUGAGGAUGACUUUGAAGAAGUAUUGGCUUAG